UUUUCUGCGAUCCUCUCCAGCGAAUCUUCUAAGCCAACCGCAGGUGAUGCGUUUUGCUGUGUAAGAGACGAAUCUCACGCCGGAAUUCUUCUACUUCACCGCCGUUUGUUCUUCUUCAUUGAUCUGCAUCGCCUCGCCUUUCGAUUAAUCCCUCUCAGGGUAGCACAAAUUUGUACGAUUCCGAGAUGUCUUCAGCGCAAGAUCCAUUCUAUAUUGUUAAGGAAGAGAUCCAGGACUCUAUUGAUAAGUUGCAAUCUACAUUCCACAAAUGGGAGCGUAUCUCUCCCGGCAUGGGGGAUCAAGUGCAUGUGACCAAGGAGAUUCUUGCUAAUUGUGGAAGCAUUGAGUGGCAGGUAGAUGAGCUGGAAAAAGCGGUCACUGUUGCAGCAAAAGAUCCUGCAUUGUAUGGCAUUGAUGAAGCUGAGCUUGAAAGACGGAGAAGAUGGACUAGUAAUGCUAGGACACAGGUUCGGAAUGUGAAAACUGGUGUUCUAGCUGGAAAGGGUAAUGCUGGAGCCGGUAAUGCAAGUGAAGUGCGCCGAGAACUAAUGAGAAUGCCAAACUCGACUGAAGCAAAUAGAUACGAUCAGUACGGAGGGAGAGAUGAUGACGGUUUUGUACAGUCAGAAUCAGAUAGGCAAAUGCUGUUGAUAAAGCAACAAGACGAAGAACUAGAUGAGCUCAGUAAAAGUGUACAGAGAAUCGGAGGAGUGGGGCUUACUAUACACGAUGAACUCGUUGCACAGGAGAGAAUCAUAGAUGAAUUGGGUACAGAGAUGGACAGUACGAAGAACCGGCUUGACUUUGUUCAGAAAAAAGUGGGAAUGGUAAUGAAGAAAGCUGGAGCGAAAGGGCAGAUGAUGAUGAUAUGUUUCUUGCUCGUUUUGUUCAUCAUCCUAUUCGUUCUCGUCUUCUUGACCUAAAACCGAGCAGCCGAAUCUUAGAGAUGGUAUUUUGAUGUGUUACUUCUGUUAUGUUUGUGCUGAAACAGAAAGGAACAUAGUAUUACAUAAAGUUCUCUGAUCUUUCUCUACUUAUCCGAUCCUACUUCUACUUUUUUUUCCUUCUGGUACUUCUUUGAGAUUGAAGUCUAAUUUUUUUUGGACUCUCAACACAAUCUAAUACUGUAUUAUCAAA